CGAAACGAAGCGCCUACGUAGCGCUCUCCUUCUUCUCUUAUGAGACCGAACCGUUGAGGACGACGUCUCGCCGAACCGUUCGUCUCGUUCGAUCGGUUCAUCACAUUUCACAUCGCGACUCUUCUCGUCCUCAUCUCGUUCUCUCUGCUCCUCUUUCUUUUUGUUCUCUUCCCGCCCUUCCUCGCUCGUUCUCAUAGAUCUCUAUUCAUAUUUGCUUCUUUCUCGAUCUUCAUAUUUAUUGUCCGUUUAUUCUUCCUUCUUGUUUUCUUUUUCUUUUCUUUGGGCACGAUAAGGUUUCGGCGUCACAGUAAAACGAAUGCAGUUCACGCUCCGGGUGGUAGUGCUAGUGCUUGUGGUGUCGGUGCUAAAGUGGUGGGUGCUGGUUGUUCGGUGUCGUCAAUAGUGUCGGUGGUUGAUGGUGACUGGUGAGAACGAAUCUCGCCCUUAGGGUUCUUUCGCUUUUACUCGCUAGAAGAGGAGAGACCGAGAUCGUCGAAUGGCGUCCUACAGGAGCUACGGUGACACUGGCGCCUACCGAUCCAGAUCUAACGUUGGCAUCGCCGGGGGUACUUUCGGAAGAACGACCGCGUCGACGACCGCCGGUCUCCCCAGUUGCAGGAACAGCUACUCGAUUGGUUCCGCUUCCGGCCGAGCCGCUGCCAAGGACCGAGUUUCCGGUUAUGGGAAUGCGUUCCUGAGAAAAGACAAACCCGAAGAGAAACCUACCUUCAAAUAUUCCAGUAGCAAAGAUCCGGAGAAGAGCAAGCUGCAUCCGAGCAGAUCGUCGACGGAGGACAUAGGAGCGAAGAGCCCGCUAUCGAGUAGCAGAUCCUCCCUGUUCGAGAAGUACUCGUAUCCAGCUGCUAAAACUUCGGAUAGACCCGGCUCCGUCUUGGACAGAUAUAACCGUGCCGCUUCCCGCGAAAAGAGCAGAGAGCCGGACGGAGUAUCGCGUUACGGGUCCAACACGUAUCCCGGAUCAGGUCUGCCGCGGACCCAUGGAAACGAGAGUAGAAUCGAGAAGAAAGAGAGAGCUGAUUAUCCGCCGGUCGCGUACCGCGGACUACGUUCGAACUCCGGUAGGAGUUCUCGCGAGCCUAGUCCGGAAGUCAACGUCGGGAAAACAAACUCCUUCAGAUAUUCUCGGGCCCCCUCCUACGGUCGAUCCAGCGCCAAUUCUAGUGCAUCCGAAUCAAGCUCGGCACCGAUCUCCUCGAGAUUCGGCUCACCAGCCGGUAGCAGGUUUAUCUCAUCGAGAAGUAGUAGUGAUCGAGUUCCGACGGGCAUAAGCUACUCCGGAUCGGACAGGUUCCGAUCUGCAGGUAGUAAGUCUAUGCCAGCGAAGGACGAGACUGCCGUGAAAUCGAAAUUGGAAAAGAACGCCAGCCCUGAGACGCGUACGAAUCCCGUGAAACCUAAUGAAUCAGAAGUCGAAGAUACCGUUACGAUGGUUACAAGAGGCACGUCUCCGAACCCACCGGCGUCUUCAUCCUUUGUAAGAAACAGAAGAGCUGACAUAGGUAUCGCGAGUCAAAAAGAAGUUACGCGAGUACGAAAGAAAAUGGAAACCAAGGAUCAGGAGAAUCAGUGCGACAGGGCUGAGGAAGGUACGAGGUUUUCACGAUUCGGGGGUGGUGGACGAAUCUCGGGGGCACCGUGGUCCACGUAUUUAGACAAGUUCUCGUCGAAUUCGAGCGGAAGUGGGAUGUACGCGAGAGGUUUCAACGCGGGCAGCGCAACGAAUUCCAGGGUAAACAGUUUCGCGUUCUCUAGGUCAAACGAUUCCUCGAGGAACGAUUCGAAGGUGUCGUCUAAUUCUAGUCAAGAAAUUCAUAGCAAUAGGAAUCGGGAAGAGCAGAGCACCAAAGUGUUCGGUGGUUUGGGUGACGGUAAGAAUAGUACCGAUGCCUCGACCGCGAAAACAGAUUCAAAAGGGUCUGCGAAUAAUGGGCUAAAUAAUACGAAUCAACAAGAGAUCAUAGUACAAAAUAGCGACAAUGAUACGUGCGCUGGUGGAAAGGCGGAAGGGAAGGAAAGUCGACUGGUGAGUUCUUCGAUUCUGAAGAGGGACGAGACACCGCAGCGAGUUGGAACUGCCACCAAGUCAGACUCUCGAGAAAGCAUUUCGAAAUGUGAAGAUCAACACAGUAGUAGGGAGAGCUCGCUGUCGAAAAGUGAGAGCAGCGGCCAUAGGAGGCCGUCGAUACCGAGAUUAGGUCGUAUAGCCACGAAGAACGAAAGUAAGUUCGCGAAGUCGUCAUCGACGUCAUCAAUCAAGUCCGACGGAUUACAGGAGAGAAGAGGUUCGACGCCUAAGUCUGAUAGCAGUUCAUUGUCGAAGCCUGAUGAAUCCUCUCGAAUAGUUGAAGGUUACUGUCAGGAACAGAAUGAGGAAGCCUCUUCCUCUGCGAAGAGCGAUAACGUGUCGUCUGCAAAAGAAUCUUUCAAAAGUAGUCCAAUUCAUAGCCGGUCGACAACACCACAAUUACGGAGCGGUUCUACGAAAAAUCUUGCCCGUCAAAUGACGCGGACCGACUCGUCAGACGGUUCCGCUGUAAAUGUGCCAAUUGGCAAAUCGAAAUCGUCGUCAGCCAGUUCGACGACGAGUCAGGGGGCAAAAAUAAAGUCAACACCGCCACCGUCGUCAGGGAAGUCGACUUGCUCGAGCGCGUCCUCAGUGAAUCUGAGGCAGGGCGGUUCACCGGACGCUCGUGGCAAACCACCUGUGCCGAAAAACGACGCUGCGGCGGGAUCCAUGUCGAAAGGCAUCGUACCAGUCAAGUACGUGAACAAGGAUUUCCGGAAGUCGACGUUGAACAUGGAGAACGGUGAUCCGUCGCAGUCGAAGUACAGUAGGAAGAAAAAGAAUCAACAGAGGAGUGUAUCCGUCAGCUCUCAAGAUUCGCAAUCCGAACCGAACUCUGAACCGGGCAUUCAUCGAUCGGCCCUCCAGUCGGAAUUGAGUUCCGGCUCCGUGAAAUCGAACAGAUCCAGGUUGAGAAUACCAUCCAGCGCGUCGUCGAGGAGUUUGAAUAGAAGAAGCGAGUCGAACGGAUCUUCAAGGCCUGAGAGAUCCAAGAGUCACUCGAAAUCACCUUCCGGCAGGAGAAGCAGGGAAGAUGGAAGCUCGAGUUCUAGCGAGAACAGCGAAUCGAAUUCUUCGAACUCGUCGAGCAGCGACGAGGAGGAUGACAAUAAGCAAAAGAGAUCGGGAUUGAGGCGCCGUAAAAAACGAACGACCAAAUCCCCUUUCUGCGAGAGGAAGGGUAAAAUGAGCGCGGGAUCAUCGAAAACGAGCGUGUUAGCGUCGUCCGCCGACGAGAUGUCUUUGACGACGGACAAACCGCCGAGACCGCCCUCGAGUCCGAGAUCGAGGAGCGACCGUUCUGGAAAAACAGAGGAGGCGAAAUCUUUCUUGAUGCGGGCUCUCGCGCCGGUGACAAAUCUUUUUAAGAACAAGCAUCAAGACUCCAGCGAAUCCGGUAAAUCAGGUGGUGGUUGGCUGGAUUCCAAUGAGGAGAGCACAGACGCGAAGAAGUCGGAACAGAACGGGACCGCGUCUCUGACGAAGAGUUUCAGUAUUACGAACUCGGAGAAUAACGACGACAGAAGCAAGCAAACUUCGACGAGGAUUAGGCGAAACUAUUCCGGGGACAAGCCUUGGUGGAUGGAUCCGAACCCCGACAACGUCCCAGAAGGCGUCGAAACGGGCAGCGCGUACAACGACGACAUCAGUCAAGAAACGACCGUCAGUGGCACUUUACCUGACGACGGCAAAUUUAAAUAUAAAAUUUGGCGACAAGAAUCCGAAGAACGUGCUUGGUGGCUAGAUUCGAACGAUAGCGGGGCUUCGGAAGACACGAGAAAACAAUCAGUGACCAAUGCUAGGCAUGAAUCAGGGGAGAAGAGUUGGUGGUUAGAUUCCAAUGACAGUGCGCUAUUGGAGGAGAAGAGACCGUCAUCGUCGUCGCUUUCGAGGCACGAAUCGGGAGACAGAAAUCGUUGGUUGAGAGAUAGCGAUAACGUCCUUUCAGAAGAUGCAAAGAAAUCGUCACCUUCAGUCUGGAGGCAAGAUUCGGGCGAGAAAGCUUGGUGGUUGGAUACAAAUGACAAUACACCGUCGGAAGAAUCAAAGAUGCAAUCGUCCGUGAGUUCUCCCGCUUCGAAACGAGAAACGAGUCGAUGCAGUACUCGUUCCAGCGAGCGUAGAAAUCGGAUCAAGCAUCAGCAAUCAGGGGAACGAGCAUGGUGGAUGAGCGACAACCCUGAAAACGUACCUGAAGGAGUCGAAAUCAUUCCUACGGCAAUUCCUACGCAAGGCGGCAAUAAUUUCAAUAACAACGAGGUGGACGAUUGCCAGACGUACAGUUCGAGCGUGAACAAACUUAGGCACAUCGAAUCCGGCGAGAGGCCAUGGUGGAUGGAUAGUUCGUCGAACGUACCCGACGGCGUUGUCAAGAUUCCCGUCGACACGUCGAAUAGCAACUCGGACUCGUCAGAGUCGUUCGAGAGGAUCGAUAUUGGCGUCAACCCUGAACUUGAGAUGUACGCGAAGAGAAGCCUCUCUAGAUUCCCGAUCGAGUUUCCGCCACCUCCGCCCGACGAACCACUUGGGGAUCGCGCCAGUCCCGAAGGGGUAGAAAAUCCGCCGGAUCCACCGGACAAUUAUGGUGGUCGCGACUCGCCUUACGAUAACGUGCAGACGAUACCCCGAAGAUCGUCGCCAAGGAAACGACCCUCCGCAUUACCGUUGUUCAUCGGCGAGCACACAAACAUCGACGACUUGCUAGGCGACUCGACUACCCUAUAUCCCAGCCCCGUCUUGUCUCGCAUCCGUAAACGUGAACGCAUCGAGGAGGGUUCGGAAGAUGAAAGUUCGGAGUGCGAGGAAAUCGACGCCACUCAGGUGAUCAUCCACGACAGUACGCCGCAGACACCGGUGAUACAACGACGUCAUCAGGACAAUGAGAGACCUCAACCUGAUGGCUACAUUCCGAUACACGUUUCGAACUGAUUGAUCGAUGGAAGAGCGCGAAAAGCGUCGGAGACAGAGUAGCGCCGCUUUCCUUUCCCGUCACGAAUCGUCGUCGUUCCUUUGACAAAAAUAAAUCGACAGUUUUCCACGGUAGCUCGCGCCUUUCUUUCUUCGUCGUCUUUCUUUUAUU